AUGAAGGCGCUUUUUGGCGCUGCACAUGUUAUGGAGGAAGAGCUUUCAGAGACGGAGUGGUGCGCGUUACUUGAGGGCUUUGAAAUCAUUGUGGACCUUACAGAUGCAAAGCGAAGGAAAGGACAGCAAAAGUUACCGACUAAAACUUAUCGAAUUAGGGCUUUUCGAAUCGAAGAUGAAGACGUUGAACAGCAGUUGGUGAUGCUGAGCAAUUCGGUCGUGGAUUUGAUUCGUGGCGCGCAUAAGAUGAGUAGUGCCGCUCAGCAAAAGCUGCUGAGUGCAGUAAGAAGGGUUUCGUGGAACCAAGUUGGUCUCCCAAUGCUGAGCAGAGGUUCGGAGUUUCUGUCGGAUUCGACUCGCACGGAAUCACCUACCGACGGCUGGAAGAUAGCGGAUGAGGGUGACUCAUCCAGCUCCAUAAGCUUCCACUGUAUGAAAAUCUAUCAUAGCUACUUCGGUGUAGGCCUCACUGGUACUGGCAGCUUUACGCCAUGCUUCGCUUUGCGCAUGCUGACUCAAUUGGCGUCGAGCAGCAAGCGGUGUUUCGAUGAAGUUAUGCAUGAACUAGUCCUCAUGAGCACGUACGAGCUCCAAGCCCCUCUAACGGCUGUCCAAUUUCCCCAACUAGUUCAAUUUCAGGUGUUUGCUACUGAUAGUGUCCUGCAGCUCAUGCAAAACGCCCUGCAGCACGUUGUCAGCAGUGCACCACUUACUGCGAAGUCAACAAUGGAAAGUCGUGGCAUCGAAAGAGAGGGAAAAAAUCCUACAUACUCGCAUGCGCUUGAUCAGCAGGAGUUGUUCGUUCCGCUGCUGAAGCUGGUACGCUCGGACAUGAAAGACAGCACAUUGACCGGUAUGCUGGAAAUGCUGAAUGCUUGCGGUCACCUCAUCAGCGCUGGCUGGCCACCAGUAUUUGCUACGAUACAGGAAGCUUGUACGAUCGGGGAUGGAAAAACACAGGUGCUCGCUUUCAAGUGCUUGCGCCUUAUCGUGGAUGAUUUGGUGGUGUCAAUUCCCAGCUGUUACCUUCCAGAUUGCAUCAAGUGCAUUGGACGUUUUGGCAGUCGUGCAAAGGAUGUUAACAUUAGUCUCACGGCUGUGAACGAGCUUUGGAGCGUGGCUGAUGUGAUUGGGAAACAGAAGACGCAAGAUGAAAGCGACUCGAGUAGCCAGCGACGGUGCGGCCAGUGGGGGUACAUUUUUGCUGAAUUCAGCUCCGUAGCGUUAAACGACCGAGCUGAGGUGCGGAACAGCGCGAUUAACACGCUUUUUGGAACGGCAGUGACAUAUGGUGCUCAAUUUGAACUAAGUGAGUGGCAACUGUUCAUAGAGUCGACGGUUCUGCCUCUUGCUGUUCGAUUGUGCGAGACUCGAGACCGGAAAAGCUUGAUUUCGCUCGAAAAGAUCGAGUCGAAGGUGUCUACUAAUGUGAUGCUGCACCACUCACGCGACAACGCCGAGAAGCAGUGGAACGAGUCUCGGGUGCUUAUGCUGACUGGCAUCAGUCGUGUACUGGAGACGAAUUGGCACUACCUGCUGCAGCACGCGUCGUGGUUUGCUUCCAUUUGGAGGAGUCUGCUUCAGCACGUGGUGCUGAAUACCGCCUUUGGCGUACCCAAGGAAGUUGUGCUUGCAGCUAUCAAAAUGCUCCAAACGCUGUUGCAAGUGUCUUCAGCCGGAGAUUUCGAUCACAUCGCACAAUCGCAGCGUGUUCGCGCCGGAGUUGGUAUGCGUGUGGUUGGAGGUGCUCUUGUGUCUUCGUCAACACCUACAAGCGCUGCGUUGGCUUCUCCAGUAACACGGCGUGUUACCCCCACACCAGUGUUUUGUGAUCCCCGACUUUGGGAGGAAGCAUUUGACCAACUAUUGCGGCUGUGCGACGAGAGACGACGAGAUGCUGAAAAGGACAAGAACUCAAUGCAUCCCUGGAAAGAAGAGGAGGAACAGGAAAUUGCGAGUGCAGUGGUCUCAGUGUUAAGGACGCUUUACAUACAAGCGAAAGAGCACGAAUUCAGGAACGUGCGAAACGUGGAAAAAAUGCUGGAUCUGUUUGCUGCGUUGACCUCUCGCCAUAUACUUGACAGACCAGCAACUGAAAAGGGAGCAGUGACAAAGGCAAUUACGAAUAUUUCGACAAACAGCUUGCAAUCUCGCGUACUUGACGCUUUUGAGGAAUGUGAUUCGUUUGCGUUUCAUCCGAAAGUUCACACUAAAGCGUUGGAUCAGCUCGUAGACUAUGUGACGCUGUCGUCAGCUAAGGGUCUCGUUUUCUUCACCCGACACGCAUUGAUUUCGUUGGCAAAGCUGUACGCGAGCGUGUCAGCGGAGGCCAAAGAGAAACGUUUUCUGUCUGUCCUCUUCUGCAUCCAGCCAUUCUUGCGAUUUGAUACAAGCCACGACACACUGGAAUCAAGUCCUUCCGUGCCUCCUGUCAAGCCAAUGACAGCAGCGCAGAAAGCAGCAACGCAGUUGUGGAAACACGCGCUGCGCGUGCUUCUGGUCAUCAUUUCGAGUGGGCUCGUGGCUGUUCGGUUGGCAGAAGCUUGUUGGAGGCCACUCCUUGAGACGAUUACGAGUUUUGUCCAGCCAAACGGGGGUAACUUUCCGUUGUGUGUACAAUCAGAAGAGGAUGAAGUGCUGGUGCUGAGUGUGUUGGAGUGCGUAGUGGACAGUACUAUCUCGCUGCUCGACGACGACAGCGACACGAAGUCUCACCUCGGUUCUCAGUACAACGCGUUUAUUAGCGAUCUGGUUGCAAUUCUGUGCUCGGGUGUGAAUGCGGUGGAACACAACAAGUCAAUCAUUCGGUGCUACGUGCGCCAGCUGAGCACGAUGUGCAUCCAGACAGCAGACCAGGAGCUGGCACUGUUUGCGUGUGCUCGACUUGUUGUGUGCUGCAAUACAGCGAUGGUGCGCUUUGCCGAUUUGAGCAGUUCUGCUCUCUCGAAACUCCAGUCUUCAGGUGUGCCGGACCAACUACACGCAUCAUCGUUGUCAGAUUCUGAGCGCGACAUCCAAUAUGUCGCAGCCCGCGAGAGGGUGGUGGUUCUUUUGACAAGCGCGCUGGAGGUUGACAUGCAGCCGCGGAGUAUACUGGAGAUGUAUCCAGCCCUCUGCAGCUGCAUCUCGUCGUCCGAUUUGGUGGUGCGCCAGCUUGUACAGCAGCUGCUGUUGAGCAGUCGACUUUCUGAAUUCCGCCUCGAGCUCAUGGAUGUGUGGGAGCGUGAGUCUCAGUAG